UUUUUCCCCUUUCCUUUUCAGAGACAGACCUGGUUACUUUGGACCUGCCAGUGAUUCCUUCCUCUAGCUCACUGCUCAGCAGUCCUGCAGCGUCACCUUGCUCCACUUCAUCUGGUGUACUCCCACUCUCGAAUCAAGAACAUGACAACUCAGAAAGCUGCGGGCAAACCACCCUUUUCAGAAAACAGUGGGCAGAGACGUUCCAGGUGCCCUGGGACCUCAUGCCAAUGGAAAUUCAAGCAGCGGUUGCUGAGGGCAAGAGACCAUCCCCUGCAGCAAGGAGACAGAUGGUUAGAAUUUUAGCAGAUGAGAUGAGGAAACACGAGCUAAACCCAACACGUGCUCAGUGUGUAACCAUCUGCCGAAACAUUGUCCGUAAGUACCCUCAGAGCUUUGCUGAUCUGUGUGACAACGGUCAGCUGCUGGAAGAGGAUUACAUCUCGCUUGUGAUUCAAAUCAAAAACCGAAUUGAUAACCUGAAACGGACCAGCAACUUUCGCCACAGCCGUUUGUCUGGAAUGAAAAGAGGAUCCACCAACAAUUAUGGCUGCGCCAGAUUUGAGCCUGGCCUGCUGCCGGAGGAGACAAAUGAAACAGUGGAGCGAAAACGCCAGCGACUGGAAGAAAUUUACCAUCAGGAUGGCUCAAGCAUGGUAGAAAAAGACGAAGUAAAAGAACUCAUGAAAGUAACCUUCUACCUGCAGCGCCGCCAAAUAAAUGCACUCCCAGUACCGGCUAUUAGAGAUUUAAGGGGCCGAUGGCCUUAUCUUUUCACACACAAUGGACUUUAUACUCAUUUUGAGCUGCUCACUGAUAUCAAAGUGCUUCGCACUCUCGAGGUUGCAAUGGAGGAGUGUGGACCAACCAUCCUGGAGGUCUUCAGCAAGUCCACUAAUCCAGAUAUCCAAUCCAUCCUCUCAGUGGGUCCAAAACUUGAACUAUCCUUCUGCAUCCUGCAACUUCUGAUGGCUCACUUCUCCGAAUCCCUCGGAGGACUGAUUCUUUUUGCAAAUGCAAAUGCCACAGCAGCUGAAUUACAGACGACACUCCAACUACCUGCAACUCCUCGACUGAUACUCCUCGCCGAAUCACCGGAAAGCUCCAUUCGCCGCUGGAUGAUCAGUCUUGAGGGGCACAUCAUUUGCGAGGGCAUCCAGCCGACUUUUCUGUCCGGCCUCGCUGCUGUCUUUUCUACUUACUACAUCUUCAAUCUUCAGUAUCAAGACGAUGCUGCAUGCACACUGGAAUUCAUUCAAAGGCGAUUGAUUGGGAUAAAUCCCGACAGAGGCACCAAAGUUCCACAAGGCAAAUUCCCGUCAAAGGAGACUGGGAAGUUCACACAGGAAAAGACUUCGCCAGUCAACCCCCAAGUUUUAAAACUGUUAAAGAAACUAAUGGAUGUGAACCCAGCUGUUUACACCCACACAACCAUGUUUCCAUCACUUCAGGGGACAUCAAACUGACAUUCAUGUUUGUUUUCGUGGAGAAAUCCGAAUUUCUGGGGUCUGAAGAACCUCUUGGAGCAACGGCCGACACUUUGGAGCUUGCAGUGUAGUGGCUGGAUAUCCAGACCAGAACUUUGGGUCCCAUGCACUGGUCAUAGUCUACAUUGUCGGUUUUAAAGAGGUAUGAUGUCAUCAGAUUGUUUUGAGAGUGCACUUUGACUAGUGCAUUUGUCUUUCAUUCUUCAUUCGGACUUGCUGCAUGCACCAAGUACCAGAAAAGUUUCUGGUGCCACAGAUUCUGCAGACUGUUUAUACAGAUCACCCUUUGCCUUGCUUAAGACUUUGAAAUGUGCAAAUUCAAAGUGUGAAAGAAACAAGGAACAAAUACAACUUUAUGCUGUUUUCUUUGUUCGGGUUGACUUAUGUUCCCCAAUGCAAGCUGCUGUUUUCUAGCAGAAACUCUGAAGUACUAUAUUUUGUUUACUGUACACCUUUUUUUAAAUUACUGUAAUUAAAGUUACAUUUCUGGGGUGAGAUUUGGGCAUUGUUUUACAUUUCCUGUUUAUCUUAGUUCAUUGUUUACACACUGACUGCAUAAAGGGCCAUCUGCAGUACUAUGUUUAUUUACUAUGCAGUACUAUGUUUAGUACUAUGUUUAUUUACUAUGCAGUACUAUGUUUAGUACUAUGUUUAUUCAGUAUGUCACAAAGUUCAAAUCCUCUCAGAAGGGUUUGUACAACACGACAGCGAUGCAAGCAUGCCAAGUCAGCCAGUGGAUUCAAACUGAGGAUCUUAGUGGAAUGAAAAAAAAGUAUAUAUAUACAGGGAGUGCAGAAUUAUUAGGCAAAUGAGUAUUUUGUCCACAUCAUC